CGUUGUCUUUUUACAUUUUAUACUGUCCAAACAUCAAACUCAACCUGAAAAUAAAGCACACAGAAAGGUUUUCUCUUUGCUCUUGCUUCAGAUCUCUAAUUCUCGGUCCUGAUCAUUGCGACUUCAUCAUGGCGGACCUGUUCAUGGAUCGGGUCCUGGUGAAAAACAACACAGCCCAGGAUGAGCUGGACACAGAACGUGAGAUUAWUAUGCACCUGCAGAACCGAAUCCUGAUGCUCUUCUUUGCCUCUGCUGAAUCUGAGGGAUGCCAACAGUUUGCUCCCACUCUCCACAACUUCUUCAAAAAGCUAACAGACGAGUUCUACGUGGAGCGAUCUGCUCAGCUGGUUCUUCUCUACAUCAGUUUGGAUCACUCAGAGGAAGAGUUUGAAAACUUCCUCUGGGAGCUUCCCAAAAAGACCCUGUUCCUGACCUAUGAGGACCCCUACAGGAGGGAGCUGGAGACCAUGUUUAAUGUGAAGGAGGUGCCCAUGGUGGUGGUCCUGCGCCCUGACAGCUCCGUCCUCAUCCACAAUGCCGUGGAGGAGAUAAGCCGCCUGGGGCCGGACUGCUACCGCAACUGGCAGGAGGCGGCAGGGCUGAUCGACAGGAACUUCCUCAUGAAGGAGGACUUUGAGGAGAAGUCCAUGCGCAGCUUCACUGACCCCAUUAGGAGAUUAAAGUACAAGGUGGAGGAUGAGAAGAAGAAGAAAAGAAAGAAGAAGGGCAGAAGCUGGGGUGGAGGUGGGGAUGCAGGAGUAGUUGACAAGGAUGGAGGAGAGUCACCUUGGUGAUGGAGACUGAGAACAAGAGAGGAAAGUUUUGGAUUUAAACUCAUAGCUGAUA